AUGGGAGAAACAUUCAGUGCGGAAGUGAAGCUCCUUCUUGAGCCUGGAACCGUCGGGCCUUAUUCCAUCAACGUCACGGGAAUGGAGGGCGUCCGUCUCUGCAGUCUCGCGGUGACGUGGAACGCCACGAACAAGUAUUCUUGCGGCGUUGAAAAUGUUGUCGACGGGGACACCACGUUGAUGGAGUGGAUUGCGGUGCAGUCUACGUAUGAAACAGGGCAAGAAGUCAUUCGCGAUGCGAACACAAACUCGAUCUCGUUUCUACUGAACGGCGUGGUCCUCCCCAAGUGGAGACGCGGGUCCGUGGACUUGGUUGUGAACCACGGGACGGAUGUCCUCAGUUCGGAGAAGGUGCCCGUUCCGGUGAUCCCGCGCGUCCCGUUGAACGGCUCGAUGCGAUUUCAGAGUCACUAUUCCAUGUGCAUCCCGGAGGAAUGGAUGGGGAAUUCCACGUGUCCGAAGAUCCUCGUCAAGUUCAAUGUCUCCGAGGCGGCUUUCUAUCCGAAUCUCACGGUGUUCCUCGAGGACUGCAACAAUAUUUUGUCCAGAUAUUCUUUGGAGGAAUGCUAUGAUGGGAUUUUAGUGGACCCCAACGCCCCUUGCAGCGACAAUGACGAGGUUACGAAGCUCGACGACGUGUCGUGGGCUCAAAAGUAA